AUCGAAAUGUAUUGGUUUACGUCAAAGCAAAGAAAACGAAAAGACUACUUUCCAUCGUUGAUCUAUUACUAUGCAAGCCCUGAUGCCAUCGAAAAACGUAGAGAAAGAAGCUUGAAAGAGAAAGAACGAGAGGAGAAGAGACGAGGAAACGAGAAAAUGGAGAGAGGGAAAAUGGAAAGAAAAGAGCGAGAAGAGUUGGAAAGAUUAAAAGGAAUAUAUAAGAAAAAGGAUGCCUAUAGUAAAAAAGUUCGCGAAAUAAUGCAAAAUUUUUUGAAAUCGUUGUCAGCUAGUCUAGAUAAGGAAACGGAAAGAUCCACUAUUGAAAAAGUAGCGGAAGAAAUAUUUGCUGUUUUUUUAGAUAUAGACACGGUAUCUUUAGAUCAGAAGGUCAUAAUUAAGGGCUGA